AUGGCCCAAGAAAGACGAGCUGCUGAACGCGAAGAAAGACUGUUUCAAGAACAAGAACAAGAAAGACAGGCUCGUGACCGGCAUGAGGAGGAACGUAGACGGUACAUCGCUGAGCUGGAGGAUGAACUCGCAGAGUUGCAGGACGGCUUCACCCUUCUGUCUCGCAGAAGAUUUGGAUACAGCGAUAACGUCAAGGAGUGGAUCAAGUGUCCCUUUUGCGGAGCGAUAGCUCAUCAUUAUUCAGACUCCUGUCCUGAAAUCACGACUGGUCAAGAGCGUUACAAUUUCAUUGAAGAGAACGGGAUGUGUCGAAUUUGUCUGGGAAGGGGUCACAAGGCAGCAGAGUGUCGAACAGAAGAAAAGGAUUGUUGGUAUUGCAAUACCGUGAGAGGUAGGGCCUUAUAUUUUCUGGUAGAAGAACAAGAACACCACAGGGCUCUCUGCGUUAUUCCCGACUCCAAAGAUCGUAUCAGAGCUCGAAUCAGGAGAGUAGAAGAGGAGCUCUCCCGAAUAUGUUUCUUUACAUCGCCGUCGCCGAGGGGACAACGCCGUAUAAAAGCAGCGACGCCUAGAGCUUGGGCUUCCGGGUUCCGGUUCCGACCGUCUCUCUACAGCAAUAUCGGCUCAGCAAUAUCGUCUUCUGCAGCACCCUUGGUGAACGACAUUCUACUCUCGAACAAGAAAGCAAUAAGAACAAUACGAACAAUAAGGCCCAACCAUACGCUACGGACCUUAACGAGAAACAAUAUCAGCAAUAAGUCGACACCAGCAAUAUCUCAGUUCCCGCGUGGCCAGUGGAAUCAAUCCCUGAAGGCGAGCUCUACCUUUCACUACAAGUUUGGUGCAUCGGCUAUAACACGGAACCAGUCGCGCAAUAUGUCCCAGAAUAUCGCUAAUCAAAAGCGGCUCUUGACAUUUUAUAGCAAUAAGCUUGACCAUAUCGUUUCAAGAUUGAGGGAGGAACAGUUAGAGGAAGCAUUAUGGGAUUCUUCUUCCGUAAGCGACCUUAAAGACCUGAUCAGGCGAAUCGAGGAAGGGAGCGCUGCAAUAGAUAGCGUUUUUUCGAGAGUCGAACAACAGUUGAGUGAUUAUGCGUUAACGGUGGACAGCUUGGAGCCCAAAUCCGAUAAAGAGGCAAAAGACUAUGACGAAUACGCUGUAAAAACUGAGUUGGUACUAUCAGCCGCUUUCGACCUCAAUAUUCUCUUGCAAGCUCGACUCCGUUCAUUGAUGAGUCAGACAGCGUCAAUUCAAUCAAUAGCGGAACCCGUUGGUCCGCAAAUUUAUCGACAGAAACGAUACUCCGGUCAACAAUACCAUGAUGCAACUCACGGCCGUUCUACACGCGAAAGAAAAAUG